AUGAUUGACGCGAGAUCAUUUGCCGCCCCACGAGCUGGCGGCGAGCCCGCCAAGAUCAUACGAAGCCCAAGACUGCGCAACAUUCGAAGUGGUAACCAGGGUCCGGGCCGCAACUCCAAGUCUGCAGCCUCAAAAGCAGGCCGAAAGAAGAAACCAUUUCAGUCCAAGCGUGAUGAGAAGCAGGAUGAAGCCCACGGUGAAGAAUUGUCAGACGAGGCAAUAGACGAGUUCAAACGAGAGCAAGCCAUGAAAGCCCGCCCGAACCCUGUCCGCUAUGACCCUCAGGAAAUUGACUUUUCCACACUGAAAGAAACCUGGCCCUCACUCCCGACUGACGCAAACGCGCGGUCGGUGACUGUCUUCGAAAAGCUUCUAAGUAUGAGUGGUCGGUUUCCCAAUGGAUAUGUUCCUCCCCAGGAAUUCGGAAGACGGGUUUGGAAAGGCCAAAGGGUGCUCUUCUUCGACGAGAAAGAAAAAUCAGAGGCUUUGGAGGAGGUCAAGCGGUUGGCUCAGGCACGCGCGGACCGGGUGUCCCAACGAAAGGGGGACCUCGUGGAGCCUCACGAGGUCAAAUUCAAUCCCAUUAAUGCAGAGGACACGAAGGCCUUGGUGAAUACAUUUGCUCAAGGAAAAUACCACACGAAGGUUGAAAAGAACCAGCCCGGUGUUUUGGGUGACGUGACGAGAAACCUCGGGCACAAUCAGACUUACCAGAUGGCUGGAAAGACGCACCAAUUUAUGGCCAAGGUCGAGUCUCUCGUCGCUGCCAGCACCAAGCGCUCCUAG